AUGUCCACCGAUCUCGGAGUUGAUAAAAAUGCCAUUUACAGUGGGCAGAGAAUUGAACUGGGCUGGAGUUGGCGUUUUUUUCAUCUAUCUAUCUAUCUAUCUAUCUAUCUAUCUAUCUAUCUAUCUAUCUAUCUAUCUAUCUAUCUCAGUAAUUCAGUAUCUAUCUAUCUAUCUAUCUAUCUAUCUAUCUAUCUAUCUAUCUAUCUAUCUAUCUCAGUAAUUCAUAUCUAUCUAUCUAUCUAUCUAUCUAUCUAUCUAUCUAUCUAUCUAUCUAUCUAUCUAUCUAUCUCAGUAAUUCAGUAUCUUAGUAUCUAUCUAUCUAACUCAAUAUCUAUCUAUCUAUCUAUCUAUCUAUCUAUCUAUCUAUCUAUCUAUCUAUCUAUCUCAAUACCUCAGUCUCUCUAUAUCAGUAUUUCAGUAUCUAUCUCAGUAUUUCCAGUAUCUAUCUAUCUAUCUAUCUAUCUAUCUAUCUAUCAUCUAUCUAUCUAUCUCACUCCCUCUUCUUUUUUUUUUUUUUGUUGUUGUUUUUUUUACCGUAUAUUUCAAAUUUUCUGUCCCCCCACCGACCUUAAGCGGACAUCCGUGUCCAUUUUUCACUUUAUUUUUCACUUUUUCUCUCUUACUUUACGCAUCCCAAAUCUCUGUCGUUGCGUAUAUGUGUACAUGUUUCUUAAUAUCUCUCUCUCUCUCUCUCUCUCUCUCUCUCUAUCGUCACCUUUUGGUGCACUCCCCCCCUCUCUCCCUCCCUCUCUCUCUCUUUCUUUCACUCACUCGCUAUAUUAA